AUGCCUCCAACUUCUGUCUCAAAGGCGCUCAAGUUUGCGUCGACGAAAAAUGAGAGGUUGAAGACAGCGAAAAACAUUUACCAAGGUAGAGAAGACAAGAUCCGGCAAGCCGAGGAUGCUGAACACCUUGGCCGUCCACCACCGGGAAAAUAUCUAGUACAGGCGAGCCUUGUACUUCCAGGGCAACACUUGCUACCUGUUGCAUUGGAUGAACCAGCGGCACUCGACGAUAUACGCAGAAAGUACCGUGUCUAUAUCACGCGGGAUGUGCCAAACAUUCUUGGAAUUCACUGCGAUUCCAUCUAUCGCCUUCAGCGGGCGUUUGGAGCUGUCAACUGGAGAAUUCGGGAUAUGCGUUUAUCUAACGACAGUUUUCCCGCGCGCUUUCUCGUACAGAGGCCAACUAAAGCAGCCGUCACUGACAUGAUUCAGUUGAAGCUUGGAGCACGCCCAUCCUUUUCUUCUAAAAACCCGAAUCCUAUCAGUAACGCUUCUUCAAUGGAUGAACAUUUGCCAAGACUGGCGUCGGACCUGGCAUCUUCAGCAGAAGGCCUCAUGGCACUCAACAAGACCAUGGGCUUGCGAGUCAGUUUCGGGCACGUUAUCAUUGCCAAGAGACCGAAAGGUACUGAAGAUGAGAUCGCAUUCGACCAAUUCACCACACUUAUGAACAUGUAUCCCAGUCGUGGAGGAGCCUCUAUUGUAACCAGACUUGAAGACGCUCACGAGGCGGAGCAUCUCUUGCAGUAUAUCUCACGUCCAGAGGCAGGCAUCUGCAAGAACAUGAAGGACAUGAGGCGAGGCUGUGAAGUGGUUGUAGUGGCCAAUGGUCUGCAAAUCAAGACCGAGGCCGAUUACAAUCCUCAACUUAUGCAGCUAGCAAUGGUCCGCGCUACGAGGCCAGAGACCCGGGCACGUUGGAGUUGGACGACUGCUGCUCCUGACAUGGAACACGAUUGGAACAUUCGAAUGGAUGCGUGGGACAAAGUGGACGUUCCAACAGAGUUUAAGGACCUUGCAAAGAGAAUAUUGGUUGUCUUCAACCCUGAUGAGGGCACCAUUCUCCCUUUGCCAAAUGUCGACAUAAGUAAACUUUCGAUCCCCGAUGAGCAAUUCACUGAAAUUCAGGUAAGAUCUUGGGCAAUAAUUCCAUUCAAAGAAUCUCCCUAUGUCCUCAAGAUCAACAUCACCGAGCUUCUAAAGGGGCCUCGCACGAUUGGAGAGCAAAAUGUUACUUGGGGGGUUGAAUUAUACGCCCCCCACUGGGAAGAAAGUCUGAACUACUCCAGUGGUGGCCGAAAGGACUGGGGGGAAGGGCUCGAGAAUGUUUGGGAGGAGGGCGAUGAUCUCCAGUCGAGGCUCGGAUGCUUCUUGCGGACCAUUAUGGAGGUCCAAGCCCUCCUGAACAGAGUGCAUGCUGAUACUGCCUCGCCAUAG